AAUCGCGGGAUCGGCUUGGAGUUCACCAAGCAGCUCAUCCAGCGUUCAGACACCCUCGUCAUUGCCACCUGCCGGGACCCGGCCAAGUCCACGACGCUCAGCGCCCUCGCUGCUGAUGCCUCCAACAAGCUCCACGUCGUCCCCCUCGACGUCACAAGCACGACGAGUGCCGCUGCCGCCGCCAAGACCAUCGCCGCUCUCCUGGGGCCCGAGCAGGGCAUCGACUACCUGAUCAACAACGCCGGCAUUAACCCGUGGCCGCAGACCGAGACGGCGUACGAUACGGACAUCGACCUCGUCCAGCGGUGCUUCGAGGUAAACACGCUUGGCGCGCUCCGCGUCACGCAGCAGUUCGUCGACCUUGUCGCGCGUGGGGCGAAGAAGACGGUCGUGAACAUUUCGAGCACGCUCGGGAGCAUGGGCACAGACUACGUCGCCGUCACGGAGCGCAAUGCGGCCUACGCUGUGUCCAAGGCGGGGCUGAACAUGGUCACUCGGAAGCAGGCGAUGGGCCGUUCGGACCUGGUGGUCGUCUCAAUAUGCCCGAACUACGUCAAGACAGACAUCGGCGGUCCGAACGCGUUCAUCACGGCCGCGGACAGCGUGGAGAACAUCCUCAAGACUGUCGCUGGGCUGACGCAGAAGGACUCGGGCACGUUCAUGGGGUAUACCGGCUACCCGAUUCCGUGGUGA